AGUGGCUGGGAAAAAAAAACAGCGCCUGGUGGUGGUCAUCUCCAGUAUCGAAAACAACGAGGUUUUGGAGCGGUGGCAGUUUGACAUAGAGUGUGACAAAACUGCAAAGGAUGAGAGCGCACCUCGAGAAAAAUCUCAGAAAGCUAUUCAGGAUGAAAUUCGAUCUGUUAUCAGACAAAUAACUGCCACAGUAACUUUUCUGCCACUGUUGGAAACUACCUGUGCCUUUGACUUGCUGAUAUACACAGAUAAAGAUUUGGCAGUGCCAGAAAAGUGGGAAGAGUCAGGACCACAAUUCAUAGCCAAUUCAGAAGAGGUUCGUCUUCGUUCCUUCACUACUACAAUCCACAAAGUAAAUAGUAUGGUGGCUUACAAAAAGGAUUCCUUCCCUUAAGACAUGGGCGGGUUUUGUAUAUACCCUGUCACCUUGUAUAG